UCUGGCCUUGUCCACUUCCGGCGAAGAUGGCUGCUGUCAUUGCCGUGUUUUUCAAAGACUACACAAAGCAAUAAACAGACGCCUCCCUCUCUCUUUAUCGUCGAAAGGAGCAGAGCAGCGUCGCGUCGGUUUCUUGACUCGACCACUCCAGGCAGUUAUGGAAACAGAGGAGCAGGCGAGGAACCGCUUCCAGUCCGAGUUGGAGUUCAUCCAAUGUUUGGCCAAUCCAAACUAUCUGAACUUCCUGGCUCAGAGGGGCUACCUGAGGGAGAGACCCUUCAUCAACUACCUCAAGUAUUUGCUAUACUGGAAGGAGCCCGACUACGCCAAAUUUCUCAAGUACCCGCACUGCCUGCACAUGCUGGAGCUGCUUCAGUACGAGCAUUUCCGCAAGGAGCUGGUAAACGCGCAGUGCGCCAAGUUCAUCGACGAGCAGCAGCUGCUGCACUGGCAGCACUACUCCAGGAAGCGGACCCGCCUCCAGCAGGCGCUGGCCGAGCAGCAGCCGCCGCAGCAGCAGCAGGCGGCGCCGGCGCCGCCACCGGCCAACGCCGCCGCCAAGUGACGGCGCUUUCGUUACGGUCGACUCAAAAAAUGCUUUCGGAAAAAGUGGGUUUGCCUUGGCUCCCGCCCGGACAAAAUUGGAGUUAGGAGCGAGCGUGCUCGUGACUGUGGGGAAAAAUGGAUUGUAACAAAGACUCGUUGAUGGUAUUUGUGCAGUCAUUGCACUCAAUAAAAUGUCUUUUUUUUUUUUACAUUGAAAGUAUUCUUACCAUGUGCUGGUUUUCUACCUUAAAAAUGUUGCUUACGUCUCACCUAUUUAAAGAGAGUUACACUAAAAUAUUAUUACUCAAGUAAAAGUAGUCAUCCAGCAAAUGGACUCGUCAUGAGUAAAGUGUCUUUUUAAAAAAGAUUCUUUUUAGUGUGUGUACACACAUAUGAUCUUUAUUGGAAUCACACAGGAUGUUGUUGAAAUUCGCCUCCCUGGCCCAGACGCAGCCGGGAACAGCACCAGCCACAACAAGUGCCGCUCGGCCUCCGCGCACGCCGAGCGCGAAGGCAGAACUUCGCGCGUCCCCUUAUUUUAACCCUUUGUACUGACUCCAUGUUUUAAAAGCUUGAAGAACACUCACCGAAAACAGGUUGACAAUUUAUUUGUCGACAAUGGUAAAAACAAGGCAAAAACAGACGACGGAGGGACAAUCCUGGAUCCAAAACAAGGCUACAUGUUUACGAGCAGCAAAAAUCUGUGUUAUCUCAGUGUCCAGUCUUUUUAAAGUCUUUGCUGAGGCGGGCCUUGUCGAAGGCGUUUCUGGGCGUUGCUUUUGGGUCAUCCCCUCUGUGGCCGGUUUUGGGCGGCUUAGGUUCGUGCGCGGAUUGGGACGCCCGCUAUCAACUUUGCUGUCCGGGCUGGUUGUACUUGUUUUAGGACAAAGCGCUUUGUCCUUGGAGUUUGCUGGGAGAGCUGAUUGCCAGAGUUGGUGCGUCAAUCUUGUGAUAAGACGGCAUUGUGUAUCUCUUCUAUUUCUUCUCAUUAAACUAUGGUGUUCUAUUUAUUUGAUAUUAGUAGUGUAGUCCUACCGUAAAUAUGAAAAUGAUACUAUUUCCUGAUUAAUUAGAUUACGUGUGUUAGAGUAAUGCAAACAGUUAGACGGUGCCUACGAGAACCUGUUCCAUAUGUAUGUGUUAGACUAAUGCAAACAAUGAUAUGGUGUGUGCGAUGAUGAUAUCCUUUCCCCUUCAAUGUCCAGAGUGCACGCACACCAACAGAAAAAUGCAGUACAUAGAAGGAAACGGAGACAAAAAAACAUGAGCUAUCAGUGCACAAUAAACAGGCUUUUAAAUGCUUGAACUUCUGUAUAAAGCUUGGUUUCAUUCAAAUCUGGAUUUCGGCCACAACACGGCACCAAGACCGUGCUUAUCUCAAAGUCCUAAAUGAUAUUCGUCGGAAUGCCGUUGCAGGUAAAUGAUCUGUUCUGCUAUUGGAUCUCAGCGCCGCAUUCGACACGGUCGAUCACAACAUAGCCUACUACUCAGCAGAUUGGAACAGUGGGUGGGGUUUACUGACACUGUUCAUCCAUCUUAUUUGCAUGAUAGGGAUUUCUUUGUGUCAAUCGGAAACCAUUAGAACGAACCAAAUUCCCGUGUGGAGUCCCUCAAAGGUCAAUUCUUGGACCGCUCUUAUUUAACAUCUAUAUGCUUCCCCUAGCUCAAAUUAUGGAACAGUAUGACAUCUCCUAUCACGCCUACGCAGAUAAACACACAACUCUACAUUUCUGUGUCCCCACAUGAUUAUAGUCCCUUAGACUCCCUGAGUAAAUGCAUUCAUCAAAUCACUGAAUGGAUGUGCCAGCUAAACGUGGAGCAGACAGAAGUGAUCAUUUUUGGGCCAAAGGUCAAAGAUAAGCAGGCACCUUAGCACAAUGUCACAUCUACAAAUCAAGUCAGAAAUUUUGGUGUAAUUAUUGACUCGGACCUCAAAUUUGAUAGCUAUCUAAAGUCCGCCACUAAAUCUGCUUAUUACCACCUCAAAAAUAUAGCUAGAAUUAAGGGGCUUCUGACUCAAAAAGACAUGGAAAAACUUAUGCGUGUAUUUUCAGUAGAUUGGACUUACUGCAGUGGUAUAUUUACAUGUGUUGAUAAAAAAAUCAGUCAGGAAGCUGCAGCUAGUACAGAAUGAUGCAGGCAGAGUCCUCACAAAUACAAGGAAAGUGGACCACAUUACACCGGUUCUGAAAUGGUUACACUGGCCUCCAGUGAGUCAAAGGAUAGACUAAAAUGUGGCACAACACUUAAUGGCCUUGGAGCAAAAUACAUGCUUGAUUCCUAUGAAACAUCUAGACCCUAAGGUCGUCUGGAACCGGUCUCCUGUAUGUUCCAAGAACAAGAACCAAGCUGCAUUUAGUUAUUAUACUCCUCCACCUCUGGAACAAGUUCCCUGAAGGUCUGAAAUAUGCUCAAACUGUUAGCUCCUUUAAAUCAGGGCUAAAAAUGCUUUUGUUUAGCACCGCCUAUCCAUUACUGCCUAUAUAGUUCAAGCUAUUUGCUUCCUAUUCCUCUCGUGCUUUAUCUCCACUGCUGAUUUCAAUUAUUGUUAUUUUUUCAAUUCGUGAAGAAAUGUGAUUUUUAUGUAUCAUUUUAUUUCCUGUUUCGAUUGUUUUUACGUUCUAUUGAUUUAAUGUGAUUUUUAUGAUCUUCAUGUGAUGUUAAGCACUUUGAAUUGCCGUUUGUUGAAUUGUGCGAUAUAAAUAAAUUUGCCUCGCCUCAAAUAUGACUUUCAAUUAACUGAC